AUGGCAUCUGAUGAAGCUAAUGAAAAAUGGACGCAAGCUGCGUCAAAUCUGAUUGUGCGCACCAAUGCUCUCGCACGCAGCCAUGGCAAUGGCUACCUUGACCCCGUUCAUUUGGCCUGCGCUAUGUUCGAAGAUGAGAAUGAACUUCCGACGCGUGUACUUCGUAAGCUGAACGCAGCGUCCGUCAAGGAGGGGCUACAGGCGCGACUUGAAGCUAUCCCAACACAGUACCCGAUACCAACGAUGCUGAAGCCAAAUUCGGAAAUGGUGCGCUUGUUCAACACGGCGGAACAGGAGCGCGUCGCUUUGGGAGAUAGCUUGAUUGCUCUUGAUCAUUUCCUGCUUUCGCUACACGAAUGCAAAGAGGUCGGCAAAAUCUUAGACGCUGCCGGCGCGAGCAAGAAGGGUAUCCGCAACGCCUUAAUGGACUUGCGUAAAGGCAAGAAGGUCGAAUCUGGAUUCCAGGAAGGGAACUACGACUCUCUCAACAAGUAUGCCUAUGACUUGUGCAAACAGGCAGAGGAUGGUAAGCUCGACCCCGUCAUAGGCCGUGCGGACGAAAUCCUGCGUACGAUCCGAGUGCUUUCCCGAAGAACCAAGAACAACCCAGUGUUAAUCGGUGAGCCUGGUGUUGGUAAGACGGCGAUAGUGGAAGGGAUUGCGCAGCAGAUUGUGCGCGGCGAGGUGCCCGACACGCUUACUGCGACUCGCAUCUUUGCCUUGGAUAUGGGUGCUCUCGUCGCUGGAGCCAAGUACCGCGGUGAGUUUGAGGAGCGGCUGAAGGCCUUGCUGAACGAGGUGAAAGAGAGCCAGGAUAAGAUCAUCUUGUUUAUUGACGAGAUUCAUCUUGUGCUGGGCGCAGGCAAGGCCGAAGGGGCGAUGGAUGCGGCGAACUUGCUAAAGCCACUUCUCGCCCGUGGCGAGCUCCGUACGAUCGGCGCGACCACCCUUGAGGAGUACCGCACCCACGUUGAGAAGGACGCGGCAUUUGAGCGACGCUUCAUGCCGGUGUACGUGAACGAGCCCUCCGUGGAGGAAUGCAUCAGCAUCCUGCGUGGCUUGAAGGAGCGCUACGAGCAGCAUCACGGCGUUCAGAUCGUCGACAAAGCCGUAGUCGUGGCGGCGCAGCUCGCGAACCGCUACAUCACCAACCGAUUCCUGCCCGACAAGGCAAUCGACCUCAUCGACGAGGCCUGCGCCAAUGUCCGGGUGAUGCUCUCCUCGCGCCCGCCCGAGGUGGACGCGCUGGAGCGGAAGAAGCGGCAGCUUGGGAUCGAGGCCAAGGCGUUGGAGCGGGAUAAAGACAGCUCCUCGAAGGAGCGGCUGAAGGAGGUCAAGGCAGAACUGCAGCGCGUUGACGAAGAGCUCGGCCCGCUGCUCGAUAAAUACAACCAAGAGCGGGGCCGAAUCGACGAGCUGCAGACGAUGCAGACAAAGCUAGAUGAGAUGCGUGUGAAGCUUGAGCGAGCGAUGCGUAACGGCGACAUGGAGCUCGCGGCAGAUCUCAAGUACAACGCCAUCCCUCUCCUACAAGAUCGGAUUCGAAGCUUGAAGGAGCAGAUCGAGGCCCAAAAGUCCAUUGUCGAGGCGACGGUAUCGGAAGCCAACGUCGCCGCUGUGGUCUCGCGCUGGACCGGCAUCCCCGUUGACAAGCUAAAGCAAAGCGAUCGGGAGCGUCUGCUGAAGCUCGCUGAUCACCUCCACCGCUAUGUGAAGGGGCAGGAUGAGGCGGUGGAGCGCGUCGCGGACGCGAUUCUGCGAUCCCGCGCAGGGCUCUCGCGCCCGAACCGCCCCUCUGGCUCUUUUAUCUUCCUCGGGCCGACCGGCGUCGGCAAGACGGAGCUCGCCAAGACUGUCGCCAGGGAGCUCUUUGACAGUGAAAAGUACAUGGUACGGAUCGACAUGAGCGAGUAUAUGGAGCAGCACUCCGUGGCGCGGCUGAUCGGGGCCCCACCGGGGUAUAUUGGACACGAGGAGGGAGGGCAGCUCACGGAGCCGGUGCGUCGGCGCCCGCACACCGUGGUGCUGCUCGAUGAGGUCGAAAAGGCGCACCCGAACGUGUUUAACAUUCUGUUGCAGCUCUUGGAUGACGGGCGGCUGACAGACUCGCAUGGGCGCACGGUGGACUUCAGCAACACGAUUGUGAUCAUGACUUCCAACCUGGGAACGGCCUAUCUCCAUCACAUCGGAUCCUCCCCCCAUGCGUACGAGGCCGCACGAGUAAAGGUCAUGAGCGAAGUGAAGCAGUUUUUCCGACCUGAGCUCCUCAACCGAAUCGACGAUGUCGUCCUCUUCCGUCCCCUUGGUCUCGAUGAAAUGAAGGGCAUCAUUGAUCUCAUCAUUGAAGAGCUUAACGGGCGCCUGAAAGAGCAGUUGCUGCAUGUUACCAUUACGACUGAAGCCAAGCAGUAUAUUAUUGAGAGCGCAUUUGAUGCUGAUAUGGGUGCGAGGCCGUUGCGCCGAUGGCUCGAAAAACACGUUACGACGGAGCUGAGUCGGAUGAUUAUUGCGCAAGAACUUCCUCCGAGCAGCCACGUGCGCAUAACUUACAAUGAAUCCCAGCAAAAACUAUCGUUUUCUGUCAAGCGCGCGACCCCGUCAUAA